CUCCGGGGGCGCGUCGGCGGCCACCGCCAGUGCGAUAUCGCCGUUCGGCUGAUACGGGAGUAUAAUCGUCGGCCCCUGGCGUUCGUAUGGCGGUCCGACGAGGCCCGAGCGCGGCCGUUCUCCGCGUUGGUAAUACGCAUUGUUGCAAAACGUGGGGUAAAUAAGCGAGAGAAUGGUACAAUCAUGAUUCAAGCUGGAAACGACCCUGAAGAGAGUUUAGAAGCUCGGAUGUCCUGUAUACAUUGUAUACAACGGUGACACAGCUGCACACAGCCAUGGAUAUACAGAAGAAAUUCCUGUGCCCUCGAUUGGUGGAUUAUCUCGCCAUCGUGGGGUCCAGGAUGCCCGCUGCCUCUCGUCAGCCCGUACAGGUCCCAGAGUUGCUGCGCAGAUAUCCGGUGGAGGAUCACAAGGAUUUUCCUCUGCCUCUGGAUAUGGUGUACUUCUGCCAACCGGAAGGUUGCAAUAGCGUGGGACCGAAGCGCACGGCCUUACGAGAGGCGACGUCUUUCACCUUCACCCUCACCGACAAAGAUUCAGGAAAAACGCGUUACGGGAUCUGCGUGAAUUUCUAUCGACCUAUGGAAAGAGCGGGGAUGGUGGCUGGCGGGGGGGUUUCACUCAAAAGGGAAAAGUACAACACCACGUUUCGCAGGGAGAGCUGGAGGAAGAGCAUGGAGAGAAGCACGGAUUCCGCUUUUUCUAGCGACUAUAGGAGCAGUGCGGUGGGUCCUAGUGACUCUGAGAAAGAUUGCUCUAGUAGCAGGAGGGAUUCGGACACCCCGCAAGUUCCCCAUGCCCCAAGAUUGGAAUUUAUUGCGCCGAGCGGUGACAGCGAGAGCGGCGGCAGUCAUUCCCCAUCGCCACGCGCAUCUCGAAGACGUCAGAGGAUUCGCAAUCACUCCCUGACUUCGUUAUGCAUCAUUUCGCACCAUCCGUUCUUCUCGAUGUUUCGGGAGUGUCUUUUUGUUCUAAAGAAGAUUAUCGACGCGUGCAACGAGAGCUUCUCGCCGCAGAAGGUGGGAGCUUCUCGGCAGACCAAUAGAGAUACGGUAUGGAGCGUUCUGGCGGGCCAGGCUUUGGGCGACACGCCAUCAAUUGUCCUUCACGAUGUUCGAGAGAUCGAGACGUGGAUAUUGCGUUUGCUCAGCAGCCCCGUGCCCGUCCCGGCGAAGACGCGCGUCGAGGUUGAAAUAAUAUCGUCGAGUGUGCAACCACCGCUGUGCUUCGCCCUGCCGGACCACACUAGAUUCACUCUGGUCGAUUUUCCUUUGCAUCUACCGUUGGAGCUCCUCGGCGUUGACAUAUGUCUAAAGGUCCUCACGCUGAUCCUCUUAGAGAACAAGAUCGUACUUCAGUCUCGGGAUUACAAUGCUCUGUCCAUGUCGGUCAUGGCGUUCGUAACGAUGAUCUAUCCGCUGGAGUACAUGUUCCCCGCGAUACCCUUGCUCCCCACGUGCAUGAGCUGCGCGGAACAAUUACUGCUCGCUCCAACGCCUUUCGUGAUCGGGAUACCCGCGUCCUUCCUGAUGUAUAAAAAAAACUUUAAAAUGCCCGACGAUAUCUGGCUUGUGGACUUGGAUAGCAAUAAGAUAACGCCGCCGAGCGCCUUGAGCGAUGACAGUUUACCGCCGUUGCCGGAACCAGAGGGUACCAUUCUAAAGAAUCAUCUGAAACAGGCAAUGCAACUGAUGGAUCAAGUUGGCUCUAGUGCGAUGGCCAGUAUGACAGGCCCUCCAUUACCCUCGCAAGAUGUCUCAUUGCGUCUGUCGUUUCAGACGUCAAACAGAAAAGAAAGCACGGCCUCCCAUCAUUCCACUUUAAGCGUAGCUUCGACGAAGCACAGGCCGAGCAUUGAUCAAUGCGCGCACGUUCAGCACGCCCCGUUGAACUCGCCUGGUAUGAGCAUGUCAUCGAGUCCACCUCGUCGGCCGUCGAUGUCGCAGAUGAUCGGUGUAUCCGGAUCGGCCGGUCCACCGAAGGGUUCGCCCGGGCAGACCCCAAUGCCUUUCAAUCCUUUCAUCUACGGAAACGACGUGGAUUCGGUAGACAUUGCCACGCGAGUCGCGAUGGUGCGUUUCUUCAACUCGCAGAACCUGCUGGCCAACUUUACCGAGCAUACGCGCACCCUGCGGCUGUAUCCUCGGCCGGUGGUGGCAUUCCAGAUCAACUCGUUCCUCCGUUCGCGACCCAGGAAGAGCAGCUUCCUCAAUAAAUUCGCGCGUACGCAGGCGGUCGAGUUCCUGGCCGAGUGGUCCCUCACGCCGAGCAACGUGGCCUUCCUCCGGGUGCAGACCGGAGUGUUCGAUCCCGCGCAGAUCGGCGACAAGCCGCGCUGGUACGCGACCAAUCUCGAGCCGAUAUACUUUCCCGUUUGGGAUUCGGGUAGCUCGUUGGCGAAUGCCCUGAAGGCGAUGAGGGAACACGAGACUCAACCUACGGAUGAGAGCGGCUCUGACUCCGAAGGCGCCGAGAGCACUAGCUCUUCAUAUUCUUCCCUGAGCGAUUUCGUCUCCGAGAUGGCAUCGUCCGAUCUGUCGCCGGGUUACAAUUGCUCGCAAGUGAAUCAGCCUCAAAUGUCGCUCUCGGUAGAUCCGAAAAACGUCUACAAUCCACCAAGUUCCCUGCAAUAUCCGGGUGUCGAGGCAGACUCACCGGUACGACCUGAGAGCCCGCCGAGCACGUCUUCUAGUCACAGCGAUCUCAGUAGCCCGAGCUUCAACAGGGACUCCGAACUCGAAUUAAAUCCAAAAAUCCAGGAGAGUUCGCAAUCCACUAACGAUAAAGAGGAGGGUGGUAGCUUUGAAUCAGACUCCGCGUCUACAAUAACACCGCGCACUAUCCUGAGCGCACAAAGUUCGGUAGGACAGUUCACAGGGAUAAGCAUGGGAUCUUUAGGCACUCAAUCUUCGUUCAACGACACUGAUCGUCCUACCACACCUCACAGGACCUCGCGUAUCAGUAGAUAUGUCACUCCUGUACCACCCACGGGACCGGGUCUGCAACGUCAACCGAGCGUCGGCAACGUCCUAGCGAGAGCCUCUAGCUUCAACACCGCCGGCGGGCCUCUCCUGCCGCGGCAGAUAAGCGCGAUCAGCGCAACCGACCACCAUCAUCACGAGACGCUUCAGCGUCAGGUUUCGGCGGGACCGACAAUCACGCAACAGAAACAGAGCAACGAGGGCACGAUGCAACGGCAAAACAGCGGCGGCAGCAGUGGCAGCGGCACCACCGGAAACGGUGUGCUUCGACAAGGCUCGCAAGGCUCCCUAUUCGAACAGAUUGCUAGUCAAGCGAAGGACUUGAUGCGCGAGACCACUAGACAGAGCAGUCAGGACGGGAUACUCGCACACAUGGACAAGCUGAAGCAUCAGGCAAAAGAAAAAAUUACGGAGGCAGGCGAAGACAGUCUAUUCGCGCCGCUGGAGCAAUUGACGCAGCAAACGAAGAAAGCAAUGGGCGAGGCCACUAAGUCGGUGCAGGAGGUGUCAAAGACCGCGUUGGAGGCGAGCAAAACCGCGGCGGGUGUCAGCAAAAACACCCUGGACGAUCUGACGUACGUCGGUAAGAGCACGUUGGGUGACCUAACGAAAAGUGCCAAAGAAGUCGCUGCGAAGAAGGGUUUGCUCAAGGGCUUGGGAGAGUCGCAACAAUCACCAGUACAUUCACCGCAAUCUCCUAUGCAGCAGCGGAAGGAUUCGGUCAGCAAUCAGUUAGUCGCGUCUGACACGCGGGGCGGGGUCGGGCGGGACUUUUUCAGCAAUAUUAGCAGCGAUCUGAACGGCUUUGCCGCGCAGACCAGCAGCAUGUUUAGCGAUUUAUUCGGUAGUAAAAAUAGUUCCAAUCGAGGUAGUAGCUUUUUCCCGCAAAAUCAGAAAUCGAAAGAGAAGACCAAUCCGAUUCUCGGACCAUUUCCCAAAGUUGCAGGAAAAACAGGACUGGUAGAGCGCUCCUCAUUGAUAAAACAUUCCACACACAAAGUUAAUCAAGAAGAGGCGCAGAGAAUGCAAAACGCGGAACGUUCCAGCACACAUAGCGACAAUCAAGCCUUUUUAAAUGACGUGUUAACGCAAGUGUUAGCUGGCGAAGGCGUUGGUUGGCUCAAAUUGAAUAGAUUAAAGAAACUGAUGGAGGAUGAAAAUUAUCGGGAUUUGGUCGUGACGAAACUGAACAAGGGUCUUAAUAGGAAGAUUAGUCCAAACGAUCACAUUGACGAUGUGGCCAUAUCGAAACCCGUGUAUAAGGGAAUGUUAAAGUGCCUUCAAGCAGUAACGCAUGGUCUCGCACAUACGUAUAAUAAUUUCGGACUAGGUGGGAUGGCCUCUGUCUUCCAAUUAAUGGAAAUCGCUCACACGCAUUACUGGAGCAAGGACUUAUCCGAAGGUAGCGGCUUUGACAGCUCUUUGAUGUCGCAGGCAUCUAGCCCAUUUGGUAGCAGAGAAAAUCUGAAAUCCCCGCAAUCUCCGAAUCAGCCUGACUUUAUGGAUCCCACGCAAAGAUCGGAUCUGCCGCAAGUGCAUUUGGACGUGCCGCAGGCACCGCCUGCUGGAGACACGAGUCAAUCGACAACGGACAUGUUCUUGGACAUGUUCACGAAGAAAGGGAAAUUUCUAAGCAGGCUCACCUCGUUCGAUUCGGAGAGUGGGCGGGGUGGUGGAACGGGGAGCAGCGAAGCUUUAUCCACUGACGGAGGUAGCAUUAUCACUAAUCCUGCUUUUCGGCAAGCGCACCAAGCUUCCUUCCGAAGCACCGUGUCCGAUAGCGAGGUCGAGCAAGGCAAUUUUCCACGGCAGGGCAAGCAGCGUUCCGGCAGCGUCUGGUCCAGCAAGUCAUCCCUGAGUACCGGAUUCCGAUAUCACGGCGGAAGUCUGAUACCGACCACGGCGUUACCGAGUCCGGAAACUGCAAGAACAUAUCUCUUCGAAGGUUUACUAGGAAAGGAAAGGUCGUCUCUGUGGGAUGAAAUGCAGUUCUGGGAAGAUGCCUUCUUGGACGCUGUCUCGCAGGAACGCGACAUGAUGGGCAUGGAUCAAGGGCCUGGAGAAAUGGUAGAGAGAUACAAAAGCUUAAGCGAAAGCGAAAGACGACGGUUGGAGCACGAGGAGGAUCGACUGCUGUGCACUUUGCUGCACAAUCUCACCGCCGUCCUGGUGAUGCUGAACGUCGACAAGAACGAGCUGAAGCGGAAAGUGCGCCGACUGCUGGGCAAGAGUCACAUCGGCCUCAUCUAUAGCCAGGAGCUGAAUCUACUUCUCGACCAAAUAAACAAUCUCCACGGAAACGACAUCGACCUGAAGCCCCUGACGUCCCGUCAAAUGCACCGGCAGUCGUUCACCGUGCAUUCGGGAGUCGAUGCCGAGGGUGAUCUGCGGUUUCUCGAGGUCCGCCACGACGGUCUCGUGCUGAGAUCGGUGAACGGCGUGAUAGUCGAGCGCUGGUGGUACGAGCGCGUAGUCAACAUGACCUACAGCCCGAAGAACAAGGUUCUGUGCCUCUGGAGGCGGAGCGGCGGUGACACCGAGUUGCACAAGUAUUACACCAAGAAGUGUAAGGACGUGUACUAUUGCAUUAAGGAUGCCAUGGAGAAGGCGGCAGCCCGCGGACGAGGUGCGAACGUUGGCUACGAACUCGGCGGUGAGUUCCCGGUGCAGGAUAUGCGAACGGGCGAGGGUGGGCUUCUGCAGGUCUGCAUGGAGGGUGUCGGCCUCCUCUUCGCGAACAGCAAGGAUUUCGAGUUUUUUGUAAGACUCGAUCAUAUCCGCAAGUGCUUUACUCAAAAGGAUGGAAUCUUUGUUUUGGAAGAAUUCAAUCCUAAAACUAGACAAAUAAUUCAACGUAAAUAUAAGUCGCAAAUGGCGUCUGAUAUCUGCUAUGCUGUCCUCUGCGUAUUUUCUUAUGUGGCGGCUGGCUCAGAGCAACGGAAGCAUUUAAGCCAGCAGCACCAACAGCAUCAACAGCAGCAGCAACAACAACAGCAGCAACAACAACAACAACAGCAACCGCAGCCACAGUUACAAACGCAACCACAAUCGCAAUCACAACCACAACCGCAACUACAGGCUCAACCUCAACCUCAACUGCAAGCGCAAUCACAAUCACUAGCGCAACCACAAGCGCAAUCACAAUCACUAGCGCAACCACAAGCGCAACCACAAGCGCAACCACAAGCGCAACCGCAAGCGCAACUGCAAGCGCAAGCGCAACCGCAAGCGCAACUGCAAGCGCAAGCGCAACCGCAAGCGCAAACACAAGCGCAACCGCAAUCGCAAGCGCAACUGCAAGCGCAAGCGCAAUCGCAAGCGCAACCACAAUCGCAACCGCAACAGCAGCACACUUCAUAUUCACAAAUAAAACGUCAACAUCAAUUACAGCAGCAACAGCAACAGUUACAGAUGCAACAGUUACAGCUACAACAGCAGCAGCAGCAACAAAACUAUCAAAGCCGAUACCAGCAACAUAGAGAAACACAAUCACAAUCGAGCAAUGUAAUACCGCAGAUGCACAGAACAUGCAAAUUUUCUCAACACAGGCAACGAUACUCGCUUCCCUUUAUCAGCACCCGAUAAGAGUAGUGCGACCCUUCCAUUUAUCUACUCUGGAUAUAAAUGUGCUAUCUCUUUUCCAGAAGUAAUAUUUUAUUUAAAAAUUCAUAUAUGAAAAAUUCAUACAUGAACAAGAUAACAAUUCCGUUUUUUUGUUUCAAUUUUUUUCUCUUUCUGUCUCUCUUUCUUCAGCUUCGUCAACGUACUUUCCUCUUCCGGGAUUGAAAUUAUUGCAAAUAAAGUCGUAACAAGAUAUAAAAAUAUGAAAAGAAAAAAGUUCAAUAUCCUUAGCUUAAUUCGUUAAUAUCGGACUUUUGCGGCGCGAGUUUUUAUUAUGUAGUCCUGCGUCGAUGUGAUAGUUGUGCGGUAUCCUUAUAUAAUAUUAUAAUCCGUGCACGUGAGUACACAUGUGUACGCGUCACUUAAAGCAAUUAAAUACAAUAAUUAUUCGUAAUUGGCGGCACAAUUUUAUAUAAAUACGUCACGACACGGAAAGAAAAAGAAAUUGUGAUCGUCCGCGAUUUGGAAGAGUAAAAUAUUUAUUUUAGCUCGUGUAUAAUCGAAGCGGUUAACGAGCGCAAAAUUGAGAGAUCGUAGCUGAUUUUUUUUAUUAUCGAUAUGUCUCAUCUCUUAUCUUUUACUCCUAUCUUUCAACAUUCUCGGUCCUCUCUUGCACAUGAAACAAUAAAGCGUAGAUAACGACAGGUAACUCUCUCUAUUCGUUCGCUGUCUCUCUCUUUCCUUUAUUCCUUUAUCGAUUCUAAUUGAACUGAUUCCACCCAUUUCGUUUACAGCGUAUACGUGAGAUGUUAGCGAAAACUGUUGUGUGUAGAAUGUAUAGAAAAUGUACUGUCUCGAUGUCUCGAGUAAAUGUACACAGUGAUCAUUAAUUUGUACGGUUUCACAAAUACGGAAGAAAUACGAUAUCUCGAUAGCUCGUAGAGCGCUCAUUAGGGUACAUGUAAUGUGUCCCGGAAAAAAGACAUUAUAUGUAAUAUAAUGUAACUGUACAAUACUGAAGAAACAUCCGAGAUGACAUCUCUAAGACGCUGUGAAACUUCGCGUUCUCUGCGUUUUCCUACGAGAUUUAAUUUUAGGCGCGUAUUAUUAGUAAAUUUAGUUAGGCGCGACGGAAACACAACGAGAUUGCAGCUUUAAAACAGCGGAUAAUCGGCAUUCAUUGCAAAGCAACGCCGUUCGCGGAAAUUGUUCUUUCGUUGUAUUCUCCCUUGUCGCAUUUAUACUUUUCGAUAUCUGUCAUGUUAAGAUGCGCGUCGCGUAAUGUAGAUGAACAACAAUGACCAGCUUAGGGAAGAAGAUGUAAACUCGUAGUCUCACGAACUCAGCGCGAAGUAAACGUAUAGCGUUACGUGUCUCUACACGAGAAGAAAUGAUAUAUUUUCUUGCAACGUAUAAGAAGCGUAUAGAUAUUUGUAAAAAGGGAUAGGAUUUGUAAAUAUAACAAUUGGCGGUGUAGUAAGCGGCACGAGAGAGAGCAAUGGCGUGAACACCCCUUUUUAUUUCUCGUCUUUUUAAUACGAUUAUACAUGUUAAAGCUCGCGUUCGUCGGUUGAGUUAGAGAGAGGUGUGCGUUUUUAAGAGCGAGAAAAGGCGGGAGGACACGGUUUUCUUCUAAAUAUCUAAUAAUGAAAAGAUAAAGAAGAAGACAUACACACGCGAUCCUUUGUACCAAGUUUGUCUGCCUAAGCCCCGAUGUUUAGAAGUGUGUCACGUCGACCGAUAUCAUUAUCAUUUCAUGAUAUAUCACGGGUUAUGCGAUGAAGAAAAACUUUAGAUCUCUAGAAGAGAAAUUAAUACCUCGCAUUGUAUAGUACUCAUCCAUGUAGAAGCCUUACGCCCAGAAUAUACUUGUAUCCAAAUCGGAAA